AUGGGAAAUUUUUGUGGUGAAGAACCUCCGGAGUCACUGUUUAUGAAGGAAUUAAGGAGGAGGGGUAUGACUCCCACUUCUUUGCUUGAGGAAAAAGAGAGGAUUGAGUAUGGAGCCAAUGAUGAGAUGGGAAAAGAAGAUAGAGGUUUUUCGACUAGAAAUGCGGUCUCAACUGAAAUUGAGAAAAGCCUAGCUAAUCAAAGGGAGCGCUCCAUGCAGUUGAACAGUGAAGGCCUUGAGGGGCUAAUCCCUCGGGCCAGACUCUUGCUGACAAUUGGAGGAACAUUCUUCUUGGGGUUUUGGCCAUUAAUACUUAUAACUGUAGCACUCUUCUCUGCUCUCUACUUGUACUUUGGAUCAACUUUUAUCCACGACGGAAGCAGUUCGCCAAUAUCACCACCCCAAUACAUUGAUCCAUAUGAACUUCUGGAAGACGAAAGGAUUUCUCAAAUAGCACCUCGUGUAAAUUGA